CUCAUGGACUCCAACAACUUCCCCGGUAACGUCGGGGCGGGUGAACGAGAGGGCCGGCUGGCCUGUCCGCUGGUGGCCCGCCGCCACUUCGGCCUGGCGCACGGAGUGGGGCGGGCGGGGGACGUGGCGGCGCAGCAGCCCAAGGCAGCGGGCUCCUCGGUGCUGGCGGCACUGGCUGGACACCUGGCGGCGGAUGCGCUGAGGAUUGCGGGCCUCACCGGUGUUGGUCCGGUAAGCGUGCUGCCGCUAGCAACCGGCAUGACGCUUAGUCUGGUGCUGCUGGCGUUACGGCAGGAGCGACCCAUGGGUCAGGACACGGUGCUUUUGGCGCGCUGCGACCAGAAGACCUGCCUCAAAGCCGUCACUGCGGCCGGACUGCGGCCGCACGUCCUGCCGCUUCGAAAGCAAGGGGACGAGCUUAAAUUGGACGUUCAAGAUCUCUCAGACGCGGUUGCCUCUUUAGGAUCCGAGCGCAUCCUCGCAAUCGUCUCCACGACCUCCUGCUUCGCUCCUCGCGCCCCGGACGACGUCGUUGCCGUCGCUCGUCUCUGUGCGGCUGUCGAUAUUCCACACGUCGUGAAUAACGCCUACGGCGUCCAAUGCGCCGCCACAUGCAAGGCGAUUGCGGCGGCGUGGGGUCGUAACGGCAGCGGUGGCGGCGGCCGCAUUGACGCUGUCGUGCAAAGCACGGAUAAAAACUUCAUGGUGCCUGUCGGCGGCGCGAUUGUGGCGGCGCCGGCGAGUCGUCCGGAGUUGGUUGCGGCGGUUAACGGGACGUACCCUGGACGAGCGGCGGUUGGUGCGCAUUUGGAUCUCCUGAUGACGUUGUUGCAUUGGGGCGCGGAGGGCUGGCGGAAGGUCCUGGCCCAGCGAGAGGCGCUCGUGCCGUACAUGCGCUCCCGGCUGCAGGAGCUAGCUGUACGGCAGGGCGAGCGGCUGCUGUACACCCCCGCCAACCCCAUCAGCAUGGCGCUGACGCUGGACACGUUGCAAGCGGCGGCGGCAGCGGCGAAGGCCAAGACGGAGGCAGCGGCGGAGGCGGCGGCAGAGGUGAAGAGCCCCGCUCUGGCAGAAGCUGAAGGCCCGGCGUCCAUAUCAGAGUCGGCGGGAGCGGAAGCUGAUGUGGCAACGGACGCGUCAGGGAAGGCGGAAAGGGGUGAGGAUGGCGCUGCUGGAACGGCGGCGGCGGGAGCCAAACAUGACGGCGAGGCUGCUGAGGCGUGGGGCGCUGCUCCCAUGCAGAACGCGGCAACGAAGCCGGCCCAGUCGCAGCCGCCGCGGCCGGCGAGGGCAGCUGCCGCACCUGCGGAUGUGACGUUCUUCGGGUCAAUGCUGUUCUCCAGGUUCGUGUCCGGGACCCGAGUGGUGGCUCCCGGCAAGACUCAGACCGUGGGCGGCGUCUCCUUCCACAACUACGGCUCGCACACCGACACGCCCUACCCCAGCACCUACGUAACGGCGGCGGCAGCGCUGGGCAUGACACAAGCUGACGUGGACGAGCUGGUGGCGCGGUUGGAACGGUGUUUUAAGG